AUGAAGUAUCUGGGGCUCCCGCUGGGAGGUAAUCCAAGGGGUGAGGUGUUUUGGGAUCCGGUUGUGGAAAAGAUAGGGAAGUGGUUAAAAGGAUGGAGAAGGGCUUUACUAUCUCGGGGAGGCAGGUACACGUUGGUUAAAACAGUGCUAAGCGGAAUUUCAAUUUAUUUCAUGUCUGUGUUUAAGAUUCCAGUCAAUGUAGCAAAAUUUAUAGAGAAAUUAUUUAGGGAUUUCCUUUGGGAAGGGAAAGAUGAAGGAUGGAAGGAUCAUUUGGUGAAGUGGGAAACGGUGUCCUUAUGCAAGGAAAAGGGUGGUUUGGCCAUUAGUAAUAUAGUGGCUAGAAACACCGCUUUGCUGGGCAAGUGGUUGUGGAGAUUUCUCGCUGAGUGUGAUUCAUUAUGGCAUGCGGUUAUUAAAAGUAAAUAUGGGAUUCAGGUCAAUUUCUGGGAGGAUGUUUGGGUGGGUUCCUCGUCUUUGGCGGAGAUCUAUCCACUAUUGUAUAGGGUUUCUCAAUCUCAUUAUGUUUCUGUUGUGUCUGUGGCGGGUUCUUUGGUGGCUCCUUUUUCUUGGAAUUUUAAUUCCCGCCGGAAUCUUCAUGAUAGGGAAGUUCCGGAAUUGGAUAGGUUGGUUUGGAAUAUCCAUUCUUCGAGUUCUUUUACUUGUAAAUCUUUUAUUGAUAAAAUUAUUGAUUCAUCUCAUGAUGAUGACCAAGCUCAAGUCUUCAAAGCCACAAAGAUUGUGCUGUUCAAGAGAAAAGCAACUGAGGUUUCAUCAAUUACUCAACAAAUGGAUACUUCAGGAAAGAUGGAAUUCUUAACCAUAAGCCUCUCAAGAAUUCUUACACUAAAGAAGAAAAGAAUUCUCUGCCAAGGAUUAUGA